CGAUAUCCACUAUCAACUACCGCCCACGCUCGCGUGAAAAUGUCAGAACAAUUUCCCCAAUGCAAGUGACCUCAAACCCGAGAGAUCGCGCAAUGACAGGGCGCGUUGUGAAACCGGAGCGAAGGAAGCACGUGUGAUUGACCGAACAAACACCCUCUUCUUCGAAUUUUGACUUAAAACUUUAGUGGCUGCAGGAAUUCAUAUUCUUGGUUCUUUCGGUUAAAGCCACGUAGAUAUAAAAAAUAAAAGUAAAUAAAUUUGUUUGAUUAUUUUUCCUUUUAUUUUUUCUAUCUAUGUGACUUUACCAAAAGAACCAAGAAUAUCCUCCCGUUCGGCACACUGCGCGAAUGCGGUUCCCAGCCAAAAACAACGUUUUAUUUUUUACAUUUUCAUCAUGCAACAUUUUGGCACCAAACAUCCCCCUUGGUAGGCAGCCCUCGCAGGUGGUGAGAGAGGGCGACAUGAGUCGUGAGCCGUCGGAGUGGACUCAACCGCGGUAAACGAGACGACGACGAAGUACAACAAUCUGAACAAAACCUCUCUCGCCUACUUCAGCAUUUUUUAUUGCUGUGGUUGUUCCACCUGAUGAAGAUUGCUUGUGUUGCGAUCGAAACGUCGUGAUUCGUUUAAUUUGAUUUCUACCUACGUGACUUUACCGAAAGAACCAAAGAGUAUGGAUUCCUGCAGUCACGAAAGCUUCAAAUCAAGAUUAAAACCUCUGGAGUUGGUUCUCACAAGGCUGAUGAAUUUGUAACCAGAGGCACGAGGUUUGAUGAAUUUCCUUUCAACCGAGUAACCGACAUCCCCCUUCCCUUUGCCUGACCCAACAUGGUUCUGAGAAAUAAAUAUUACGAACGAUGAACAUCGAUAUUUUAAUAGACCAAUUGUCCGUUUUGUGAGGAAUAUCCCUAACUGGUGGGUAACUUGCAAGCGAAUACAAAAACAAAGUUAAACGGACAGCUAUGCAUGCGUGAGGUAUUUUUUUUUACUCUAGGUAACCGCAUUAUUAUCAUCACUACCAUACCUGUCACUACUAGAGGAACAGAAAAUAAUUAUUUCCUUCCCCUUAUGUAUACAGUAUAUAGCUAUCUUGGCUUCAAUUUUCAUUUCCCCUGCAUAGAAAGUGUGUGGCAGAGGCGAGUGGCAUCUGUGUGCUGGCUAUAGCAUUAGAGAGAUAUACAAAAACGGACGUGCAAGCAUGGAAACACUUUGCUUUGUACAGCGCGUGAUGAUUGGCAUUCAUCUGUUGCUUCUGUCUAAAGCUCAAGGUGAGUGAAGUCGGUUCAACAAAUGGCCUAUACCUCCUCUCUCUUAAGGUUUGCUUUGGGGUUGUAGCUGUGAAGGUGUAUGAGUAUUUAUAACCCACACUAAGCAAUUGAUUCCCUUGUCCGCAUACUUAUCUACCUGCCUACGCAUUAUCACUCAUUCACCUCGAGUACCUUCCAACUCACCUACCUAUUCACUGGCCAACACCCCAUCCCUUUGUCAGGGGUUAAUAAUGGCCAUGAUAGAUACACUGAGUCAGCACAACUGAGGUUCUGGGUUAAAUUCUUUGGUCCGAGCAUCUCUGAAUUUCUUACAAGGAAUGUAUAAUGGCUGGGUGAGGGCAGUAAUCAAUCUUUAAGCCUUAGUUUUCAAGUCAGCAAUCCGGAAUGACCACACCACUCUCCUCAUGUGCCAUGCUGCCCGUUGUAGGCGCUCGCUCACUCACAACACUUACCCAAAACAGUCCACUAAGUCUAUGAGGGGGAUCUCUGUCUUUCUCUCUUUGCCGAUACAGGUGUCCAGAUUAUUAAAUCGGAGAUCAACUAUUACAGUGAUGCAUCCGGUCGGGUAGGAGGAGACGUUAGACUGCGCUGCAUCUACAAGGGAAGUUCGACCGUCUCCCAGAUAUUAUGGGCAAAGGAAACAAACCAAAUGCUUGUGAAUGUAGCAACUCGCCAGAAUGAUAAUACUAGUUUUGUCUUUGAUGGUGAGUUCAAACAGCGUGUGACUUUCGUUGGCUACGGAAUUAGAGAUGGCUCCAUCACAAUCAAUAAUCUGAGCACCUCCGACAGCGGUACCUACAUCUGCAGAUUCAUGACGACGUCAGGGAAUAAGGAGGUGAAGAUCAACCUCAUCGUGCGCGGUGUCCAGAAUAUUAAAUCGGAGAUCGACUAUUACAGUGAUGCAUCCGGUCGGGUAGGAGGAGACGUUAGACUGCGCUGCAUCUACAAGGGAAGUUCGACCGUCUCCCAGAUAUUAUGGGCAAAGGAAACAAACCAAAUGCUUGUGAACGUAGCAACUCGCCAGAAUGAUAAUACUAGUUUUGUCUUUGAUGGUGAGUUCAAACAGCGUGUGACUUUCGUUGGCUACGGAAUUAGAGAUGGCUCCAUCACAAUCAAUAAUCUGAGCACCUCCGACAGCGGUACCUACAUCUGCAGAUUCAUGACGACGUCAGGGAAUAAGGAGGUGAAGAUCAACCUCAUCGUGCGCGGUGUCCAGAAUAUUAAAUCGGAGAUCGACUAUUACAGUGAUGCAUCCGGUCGGGUAGGAGGAGACGUUAGACUGCGCUGCAUCUACAAGGGAAGUUCGACCGUCUCCCAGAUAUUAUGGGCAAAGGAAACAAACCAAAUGCUUGUGAACGUAGCAACUCGCCAGAAUGAUAAUACUAGUUUUGUCUUUGAUGGUGAGUUCAAACAGCGUGUGACUUUCGUUGGCUACGGAAUUAAAGAUGGCUCCAUCACAAUCAAUAAUCUGAGCACCUCCGACAGCGGUACCUACAUCUGCAGAUUCAUGACGACGUCGGGGAAUAAGGAGGUGAAGAUCAACCUCAUCGUGCGCGGUGUCCAGAAUAUUAAAUCGGAGAUCGACCAUAACAGUGAAGCAUCCGGUCGGGGUGGAGGAGACGUUAGACUGGGCUGCGUCUACAAGGGAAGUGCGAACGUCUCCCAGAUAUUAUGGGCAAAGGAAACAAACCAAGGGCUUAUGAACUUAGCAACUCGCCAGAAUGAUCAUACUAGUUUUCACUUUGAUAGUGAGUUCUCAUGGCGACUGACUUUCGUUCGAUACGGAAUUAAAGAUGCCUCCAUCACAAUCAGUAAUCUGAGCACCUCCGACAGCGGUACCUACAUCUGCAGAUUCAUGACGACGUCAGGGAAUAAGGAGGUGAAGAUCAACCUCAUCGUGCUCGGUGGUGGUGAUUGUGAUGGUGGUGAUGGUGGCGUUGAACCCUGGGUCAUAGCUGUUGCCACCAUAGUGCCACUGACGGCGUUGGUGGCCGCGGUGGGAGCCGUUUACUGCUUCUGGUUCCGCAAGAAAGGGAGUCCUGUCACGCGAACGGGGCAAGGUGAACAUUACCAGCAAAACGCUCCACGAGGAACUCAGCAGCAGCGGCGGCACAACGACCGGACAUCCCGACUCCGGACUACGGAGUUACAACUGGAUCAUGCUCCUUAUGGCAGCGGCACAGAAACGUUUGAAUACUACAAUAUGCCUCAAGAAUUAUCUUCUCAUCGGAACCGCAUGCAACAUCUGGAUGAGAGAAUAAUGAAUUCUUCUGAAACGAGCCCACCGAACCAAGAGGCCAGUAGGCACUACGAGCCUCUGAAGCCGCCUGCGGAGAACGCCUAUGACAAGUUAAACCACCCCACGUACACGAAUGCCUAAAACAGAGUACCUCGGGAACCACACGCAUGCACUUAACGACACCACGCAGCACUCGCAUGGAAUUCAAACUCAAGAGCACGGGGUUCAGUCGGACGUUUCAUUUAUUCGGCGUUGUAUAUAUGCUUUUUUUCCAAAAAUGAAUACUAAGUGUGAUAUUGCCCACUUUUAAUGUAAUAGCUCCUCGUAGACAUAUCUGUGAAAUCAGUGUGUUCUGAGCUUAAAAAACAAAGCGAGGAGCCAAAAAGAAUUAGCAUUCGAAUGACAAUUUGACAAACAAAAAUUAUCUUUAAACAAACGGGACCACAAAAGUAAAUGACCAAAGAGGUCAGAAAGGGCUAUAGGGAGGCCAAACGAGCGCACGCCUGUUGUAUAAGCUGACCAUGGCAAAAAUAACUCGAGACCCGAGCUAUUAACUUUGUACAAGUGUUGGCGUUUGGAAAGUUGAAACGUUCAAAUUUGCAAUCAACGUUUGUGAUAUUCUUAAACAUCAUGGUAUGAAACGUUAACUUUGGUAAACUUACGUACUCUGUUAUAACAACCUAGGCCCAGAAUGUUUUAAUGUGACUAUUUUACGUGACCUUAUUAACAAUUACUGUUAUGACAUACGGUCUUAAGACGGGUUAAGCAUGUGCAACUUAAUGAAAGUGAAAUUAUGGAAGCUCGGGUUGAAGAGAUGAACCUAAGGAUCAUUCAGAACAAUUGGUAUUUUUAGAUAUAUUCAAAUUGUCAAAUCUACACGACCAAAUUGUCAAAUCUACAUAACAAGCCAUGCCUGACCACCUUUGUCUCUCCAGUGGCUAUCAUUGCAUGCUGCAGCAGGUAUUCAUAUUUAGGAUGAGUCAACCUAAGUUGGGAAUCAUAACCUGAGCAGAUAACUGCAACUUUAUUGAUUGAGGAGGAAUCGAAUUCGGUGAAGCAGCCUCAAUAGAAGGGGCAAAGAAACAAAAUCCACACACACACACCCAGCGGUUAGCUUCUACGAGUCAAAAGACAUCACCAGGGGCAACCAAGUACAUCAGGAUUCUCAUUAUCUCGGGAUGACCUCUGGGGGAAAGGGGGAAGAAGGGCAGAGCUGAUAACUUUGGCUCUAGGAUGUCCAGGGAGCCAGAACAAAAGGUGAACUAAGAUUGACCGAAUGAAUAAAAGGGUGUAAAAGUGUUCACACAAACCAGUCUGGCAGAGGCAAACUCUGGGGUCUGGUCCUCGUAAUCAGCCAUACGUUGGAGCUUUUCAGAGGCAAAGGCUCCGAGUCGCUAAGAGGAGCCAAGUGGUGUUCCAUAUUUUUAUUUACAUUUUGAGUCACUUGCAGAGUCAAGGACUUCGAUAAAUUGUGCUGUACUUAGUUAAGAGUUGUGAUAAGCAUAGAGUUGUGAUAAGCGUUGUGCGAAGGGAUUUUCAUAUAAUGCUGUGUUAAGCUAAGACGUGUGAGAAGUUAAGUAAAGAUUAGAGUCAUACACCAAAAUCGAGGGUGCAUUAAGUAUUGUCCAAGCUAUAGGCUGGAAAAGUUUUUAUUGGUCGUGCCCAGUGACUGACAAUUAUUGAAGGGGCUGAGAAUGUGUUAAGAGUGUGUGUGGACACGUUCAGACUGCUGCACAGGGGGUGAUCUGCUGAGGGUGAGCAAACAACGGGCGCUCACGAACCAAGCCAUUCCAAAAACGGCUGACAGGCAGUGUGCUGGGCCAGGAGCGCAGCGCCACAUUAAAUUCGCACUGCAAUGACAAUAGUUUAAAGCGAUUUGAAGCAUGUUUUUUUUUUUGGGGGGGGGGGGGGGGCAGAGCUUUGUGACAUCGUCUCUGGUGUGGACCAAUCAGUUUCAAGGACAAUGCAUACAUUAUCAGUGUUUUUUUAGCAUUUUGACCACAAUUAUUGUGGUUGAUGUAAACAUGAAUCCUUGUAAAAAGGUUUCAGUUGUGUUGCCAGAAAAAAGGGGAAAACCCCUAUUAUUAUAUUUUGGUACUGGCAAAGGAGGUCUAAUAAUGACUUAUGCAUUGUCGCGUUACCAUGAUACAUUAGCCGGAUUGCUUUCUGUUAACCACCUGAUCGUGAGAUCCGAUCGUUGAUGCUUUCUAACCAUUUUAUAAUCAUGUACCAGCACACAUUCCGUGUGAAUAUUGCCAUUUUGAGGUAUUUGCCUGUUCUCGUUUAAUCACGUAAUCGUGAGA